AUGGCGACAAUUGUACCAAACCCCUACGUGCGGAUGUACAGUCUCAAGGUUUGUCAGCAGAAAGUCAGCAAUGUAUACUAAAAUGGGGAAUGAAAACAUGGAAAGAGAGAUGAACAAAAACAUAGGCGAAACAUGACUGUACGCAUGUUUUGUGAAGGCGUCUUCGAUGAUUCAGGCGCCCAGGUCAGUCGUCCUCUGCCCGCUCCCCGCCCAUCCCCUCCGUCUCCUCCUCUCUCUCUUCGUUUCUCUGCUCCGUCCGACCCUACUCCGUCCAGGAUCGACGGCUCCUCCGCACCGCUUUAUUGGCCCUCGACAUCUGGUAGUUUCAUAUUUUUUGCGGAUCCUCGGCUCCCAACGCGGCUUCCCACUACUGGCGGCUCUCCAUUGCCCUUCGGAUUUAUGGUGUUUAUUGUGACACAUGUAGGCCUUCUUCUUCUUUCUCUCUCUGCUCCUGAGAAUGUCUGUGCAGAAGUGAGACGUGUCAAAAGUCGGGGGGCUCGAAAUGCCCUUUUGACACUCCACAAUACCAUCUUCCCGCCCGCUGUUUGCUGCUCCGCGCAGGCUCCCGCCGUCCAUCGCACACGUCUGCGUCUCUUUGGAUUCUCACGCUAUUCACGCGACGAUCAGAUUUUUGUAUUGCUUUCGCAAAUAAUUGAGACUUUCGGCCGCUCCCGUUCGCGCACCGCCCCGGGAGCCUACUGCGAGAACAAGGAGACAUCAACUUCCUUCGUGAUUCUUCUCUAAAUCUCUUCUCUCUUCUCGCUCUUUCCUCGCUCUUUUUAUUUCUUCCAUUCCUUACUUCAGAUGAUCUAGAAUCGGACGGUCGGUACCGGAGUGUACAAGUAGAUUCAUCUAGAUACAUCCACAUGACCAAGGUGAGUUGCCACGUCACAGCCCUUUUUGAAAGGACCCUCUCAUCUCAUUUGUGAGUAAAAUAAGAUACCUUUUUGGCCAGCAGUCUCUAGGGGCUACUGAAGAUGCUGCGAGUCGGAUUGUGUAGGUUUUGAGUCACAAGAAACAGUGGGCAAGAGACGGAGACGCAGAAACUGAGGAGCUCCGACUAAAUUAGUGCGCGAACCUUCGGAAACCGCCGAUCUGAUAGGCCCUCGCUCCCUUCCCGCGACUUUCUUCGCUUCUUUCUGCUCAACAAACUAUAAGGUCAAUAGAACAUAAAAAAUAUUAUUAUUUAUGAGCCACAAAAUAUGGAAACUGCAAUUCCAUCUUAGUUUUAUCACCCUCCGGGCCAUCCAAUUUGCAUUUUAUCACAUCGAAGACGCCCCCGUCCUGUCCGUUCCCAACUGACUACUAUCAGUUCUUUUCCCCACGUUUCCCACGAUGACGGACUAUUUCACGGGAGUUCCUUUCGUUCAUUACUCUCGAAAGAAGGUAACUUUUGGUGCGAGUGUCGGUGACGACUUGGCCUUCUUCUCUCAGUCGUCGUCGUCGCUGUCAAUUAGCAUAGUAAGCAUAGUUAAUGCCCACGAGCGGCAAGAGAGGAUGGGCAAUUCCGUCGGUCUCACACCGUCACUUGAUUGCUUGCAGCGCGGGCCCGAUGAUUUGCAAUUGUCACUGAGCAACGGAGGAGCAGCGACGGCGACUGCUGGCGGAGCGGUCGGAGCCUUCUACGCGAACGUCAUGACGGCCGACUCGGAGCCGAAGAAGGCGAAACUCGAUCCGACGCUGUACGCCUCGCAGUUCUACACGCCCGCAAUGCACCACGGAUUGACGGCGUCUGGGGCGACUGCUGCGGUCGCCGCCGCCGCUGCAGCCGCUUCCAACGCGACUACGGCUCAACUACUCACUGGUAACCCCAUUACUCAGAUUCAGGUUAGUUAUCAUAACUGAUUCAAUUUGUGGUCAGUCUUUAACCUCCUGAAAGAUCUAUAUUUUGAAAUGCGGCAUUUCGUGAUUCAUAGGGGAAGAUUCCCAUUGUUUUGGGGCGUCUCAAAACAAAAACGAAAGUUUUAAUUUGCAGGGAAUUCAGCUCUCAACGCUGCCACAAUGCAACACAACGUCGUCGGCCACCACUGCUCCAAGAUCCAAGGUCUGUCUUUUGCUCCCUUUCCCCUUUUCGAACUUCUUCUGCAGGUUGUCCACGUCCGUAACAUACCGCCAGACCUCGUGGACGUGGAAUUGAUGCAGCUCUGCAUUCAGUACGGGCCCGUCUGCAACUACAUGAUGUUGAAGGGGAAAAGCCAGGUGAGUGAGUGAGGAAUGACGCACGACGAGGCGGUUAUCAGUGCUCCGCCGCUCGUUGCCAUGCCAUUUUUCUCCCAUUGCAGGCGUUCGUCGAGUACGAGGACGAGGCGAGUGCGUGCGCAUUUGUGGCUGCCAUGACUGCCGUCCCCAUUCAGGUUUGCCUACUUCCAACUUUUCUAUACACUUCCAAAUGGCUUUUCAGAUUCGCGGACGCACACUUUUCGCCCAGUACAGUACUCACCGCGAGCUCAAGUUCGAGAAGAACAGCAAGGCAAUCAGUGAUACCGAGGUACGUCAGACAGACAGAAAAAGAGCAAACGAAGGAAGACGUGGGCGUAUAGAGUAGGGUACAAAUGUGGGAAAACGGAAACCCGAGCAAAGAGCUUGAGAGCAUCCGCAGAGUCUCUCACCAACCGUUCGCUACUUGAAAGAGCUGCUAGUUCAAAAAUUGCCAAACUUCAUCAAUAAUUCAGAAUUAUUUGUUGUUUGGCAGGGACUAUACUUGUUGUGGGUCAAGAAGAACCCUUCCGUCCGGUUGAUUCCCUCUGUUUCAUUUGUCACAUUCAUCCCCCCAAUAUUGCUCGAAUUCAUCCGUGCUCCGCUUCAUUUCAGUGUGUCAAGAGCGGGGUCGCAUCUGGUUAUAAUCACUCGGAGGCGCGCAUCUUCUUUCCGUUUCCAGCCGCCUCUCCGAUUCCGUCGCUCUCUCGGCUUGUUCGUUCGCACCGCCAUUUUAUAAAAUUGGCUGCUUGCCGGGGCAAAACGACGGCUGCGCGCGCUCUUCGGGAAUUGAAACACGGAAUUAAUUCCAUUAGGUGCAUUCGAAGAGUGCUCGGAGAGCAAGAGCGACGGGAUGAGACGGGUGGAAAAAGAGACACUGAGAUUAUGCAAAACAGACAUCCUGUUGCACAUCCGACAAUCAUCGUAGACCAUUCACCACCACAUGUGUCUUCUUCAUUUGGAAUUCCUCCAGAAGCACUUGAGCAUCUCCUUUUUUUUCUAGACCUCGUGUUCAAAAUUUUAAAGUUGUUUGCCAACUGAAAAUCGAGUUCUGAUACUUCAGACACUCGGAUUUUUGUACUCAUAGAUCCUUCCAGAUGUAUUCAUAAGAAGAACCAGUGGGACCAGUUGGAGUGCUCAUAUAUAACUCUUAUGUCGUAUCCAUCGGAGAUCUCAAAAGCACAAACCUCGCCUCCUUUUUCAUUUCUCCGUUUUCAUCCAUCAAACCUUGCGCCCUUUGCAAGGUGCUGCGUCGAUAAAACCGGACGAUAAAAAGUUAUGGAUCGUGUCGGUUUCGGUUUUAAUUUCGGUUUCCGUUCCGCAAAAGCAAAGGGGAAACACUCGUCGGCAGGUUGCAGCUGCUACCACUCGGCUCCGCUUCCAGUGCCGUUUUGUGUCUGUCAGUUCCACGGUGGUCUCAUAUUGAGUCGAUGCUCAAGCUGAGCCCCUUCCUUUCCUAGUCCUCCUAAUUACAAAUUCGACAAAUAGCAGUGCCCUCCAUUGGAAUAUGGGGCUCCCUUUUCCCUCCUCGUCUUUCGAUCCCUGCCGGUCUGGCGCCCCUUCUUUCCGCCAAGCCAAUAUUCGCUUUUCGCCUUCUUCGUCUCCACUCGUCAUUCCGUCACACAUUAAUUAAAGGAUUUUUGAAAUGCUGCUCACGGAGCGUCGGCUAUUUGUCUUCGUCGGUGGCCCUUUUCUCGGCUUUACACACUCAGCAACCACAUCGUUUCACUUCCAAAUCUGAUUACCUCGAACACCUGUUUGGCGUCGAGAGAGUUCGAGUUCGCGGCUCCGUUCUCCGUCUCGUUUUUCUCCAGAUUGCAGUGCCAUUACUUGAUUAUUUUCUUUCUCCGUCCACCAAUUUUGCUCAUUUCCGGCGAUAUGCUCCCAUAUUGAAUGCAUUGUUUUCGUGCCGGCGAGCCCAUACUUUAAUUGCCAGGGACUAUAAUUACCACUCUGGGGAUCCACGGUAAUCGACUCCAUCGGUAAACAUUCUCUCUUGCCAAAAUCAUCAUAAUGUUCAUAUCAUCCAUCCGUCCGCCCGUCGGCCUGAAAAAGAAGUCUCCCCCGGCUUCCGUCUCGCAAAUAAGCUUCAUCUUCGGAGAGAGCAGCUCGUGCUUCGUUAAUUAUUCGCUUUCUUUUAUAUGUGUGUGUGUGUACAUACAUGUUGUGUAUAUUAGAAGAAUAUGAGCCGAGAUCCAUGACGGAUUCCUUUCAAUAUGAUUCUUAUGCACUUUUCCUUCAAAGUAGACGGUCCGUGACGAUGAGCUGUCCGCGUUGGCCUUUCCCCUCCUUCUCCCACUUCCUAUCGCGUAUUUCCGUUCUGAUAUCGCAAAUCCAAAAUCCGAAAUCAGUGCGGAAAUCCGAAACAUGAGAUCUCUCCAUCAUCCGCUCUUUCUCGAAUCUUCAGCUUCCGACGUCUUCUUCCCUCCGCCAAUUCCACUUUUCCACUUCAUUAGUCAAAACGAAACUGGCCGCUUUCACCCUCUUCCUCUCUCUCUCGAAUGCCUAAAAACAACUCGUCCCCAUUUCCAACUAAAUUUGAAUAAGUGCUCCUCCUCCAUCUAUAAUUCUGCCACUCGUGUCUUGCAUUUCAAUUGGCUCAUUCUCUAUGCCCCCACAGAUCCUUCGGCUUCGGACCAGCUGAAACUGCAAUUCCAGCUGCAUUCUGUUUUGACCGCCGUCGCCUCCUUCUUCUUCUUCUUCUUCGCCGCCGUUGACGCCUUCUUCUUCUUCUUCUCAUUUCACGCUUUCGUGCAUUUCAAUAGUCUCCAUCUCUCCAAUUAUCGCAGUCUCGCCGCCGCUCUCAACUUUUUGCCGAUCGGGUCGAAAGGACAGUUACAUUCGCAUCCAUUCACAGUGAUAAAUUUCUGGGUCAACUGACGGCAAACGUCGUCUUUUUUGCCACACUCAGAUUCUCGGAACCAGAAGAAGAACCUCGACGAUGACCGGAUAAAUUACAGUCUAUGUACAAAACGGCACCAAAAAAGUGUGCGUUGCAGGGUGGGAGAAGGACAUUCUCUCGGCAGGAUUAACGAGCGAAAGAGGGGGGAGAAGAGACACCGACCCAGUAACGGUUUCAUCCGCUUUCCACGCAUCCGUGUCCCCUCGCCCGGCUGCUUCAUCGUCUCGUUCAUCAGAAUAGUAAUACUAGUAUCAUGUAUUUACCGUAGGUCUCCGCAAUAUGCCUGCUUGCUUCUACUCCUUCUCUCUAGAUAUAUUUCUCGCCUCGACGUCGUCCAAUUGCUAAUUAAUAUAAAUUGAGCCCCGAGGCGACGAGCCGCUAUAUGAGCUGCUUCUGCUCGCGAGCUCCCGCCCUCCUCCGCCUCCCCUCCCCGUCGUCCUUCGCCGUCUUUUUGGAUAAAAGCGAAACGAAAUCAACCGGCGACGUCGAGAAAUGUCCAUAGCAUUUGCUGCUUACACCUUCACCUGCCCUCUCUUGGAGAGUUUGAGUCUCUCUGGCUCUCUCUCUCUCUCUCUCUUCUUGUCAAUUCCCGUGGGCUAUCAUUAUCACCCGACGGCGACGAAAGCAACGGCUCUCCACCACUAUACGACUCUUCCGCCGGAAUACUUUUGGGAAAUUCAUUUCUCUCUUCUUUCUUGCUCUUUGUUAUCACAGACCAUGCAGCUCUAAAUAUAGAUGUCUCCGAUCUUUAGAGAGUUCACCUGAUCGCUAUUCAGAAUCGCAGUCCGAGUAAUCCAAUUAGUACGGUUUCUCCUUUCCAACUCUCUCCUUUUCAUCCCUCGCGAUCGUCCUCUACAUCUGGUAAUCCACCUGCUGCCGUCGCCCGCCUCCAUCUCUUUCAUACAGUGCAAACACGUGUUACACAACUGUCGAAGCUCUUCUUUCCCUCGGCACUUUCUCCGUUUUUGCCUCCCCCGCCGGGCAAUUGCAGUUUUAUCAUCGUCCGCGCCCCCGCUCCCCUCCUUCCCUUCUUUCAUUCCUUUCUUUAUUCCCAUCAUUCGUUCCCGCUCUCAUAUCGAUCUGGACCCGCAUGGAUUCUCCGUCCGCUUCCUCCUCCAACUCCUCCGUUCUAUCACGCAAACGCCGCGACGUUUCCCCUUCUUAUGACAACUACAGUACGACGAAGCGACUGGCGUUUUGCGAGCCGCAGUUGGCGACGGGUGCGUCUCCUCACGUGCUUCUAGCCGCGCCACUGCCGCCGUCCCAACCGCCCGUCAAGUUCCGAAGAAUGGCAGCUCAAGUGCUCACUUCCGACCAUCCGUACCAUCAGCUCGACGCCACCGCCGCGUUCCGCGCUCCCGUCAACACUGACGUGGCAGCCGCCAGAACGUCUGUUAAAGUUGGUGACUCAUAGGAAAAGCAUUUACGAAAACGUUUCGAAACUAAAAAUGUUUUGGAAACUAAAGACCAGUGAAGAAACCAGUUGCAUCUUAGUGUGCCAUGUUUCAGAGUGUCACCAAUGGAUCCGUCUCGAACUUUGAAGUCGGAACUCAGCAGCAGCCGAACAGUGUUCUUCGCGUCAUCAUCGAGAACAUGAUGUUCCCGGUGAGCCUCGAAGUGCUCCAUCAGUUGUUCACUCGCUACGGAAAGGUUCUCCGCAUCAUCACCUUCAACAAGAACAGUGAGUUUUCGAGCAAUUCCCGUUCAUUCCCCACUUUUUCUUUCAGACACUUUCCAAGCGCUCAUCCAGAUGAGCGAGGCGAACUCUGCGCAGCUGGCGAAGCAAGGACUCGAGAACCAGAACGUUUACAACGGCUGCUGCACCCUUCGUAUCGACUACAGCAAACUGAGCACUCUGAACGUGAAGUACAACAACGAUAAGUCUCGCGAUUACACCAAUCCAAACCUGCCAGCUGGUGAAAUGACUCUCGAGCAGUCUUUGGCCAUCGGUACAGCAAUCCAGACCACCGAACUUUAAGAUAAUAAGGAUCUUUCCAGGUGUCCCAGGGCUGCAGAAUCUGAUCGCCUCGAAUCCGUACAAUUUCCCGUUCGGCGCCAAUCCGGCCACCACCUUCCUCACCAGCCAGCUCGCUUCGUCCGCCGCCGCCGCCGCUGCCACUGGUUAGUUUUCCGCUCUUAAUUUGCCGCGAAGCCUCUUUCGGAAGUGCCUUCUCGAGUGUUCUCGUUUCCAGACUCUGCCAACGCCGCCGCCCUCGCUCCGUAUCUGCCUGCUCUCGGACUGACUUCCGCCAGCCUGACCCCCUCGAUUUCCUCGCUGCGCUUCCCGGUCAACGUGCUCAAUCUGACGCCGGUCAUUCUGGUGUCGAACCUUCACGAGAUGGUAGAGUCAUUUGAAACAGACUAGGAACCGGGUCAAACACUUGCCUUCUCUCCUCUCUCGCAUCCCUUUCGGCAUGCUUCCGAUCGAUUUCUAGUCGCCCCUUCUGAACAGUUUGCUCUUUGGUUCAUGUGGCACUCUCUCUCUCUCUUUUUUGAUCUGUCGCCUAAUCCAGAUCACAACUUUUACUACUACUACUACUAGCACCCCAUCAACCCUAUUUACUACUAUUCCUCUCUUUUCUAAUCUAUCCUAUUUUAUUUCAGAAAGUCACCACGGAUGCCCUCUUCACCCUUUUUGGUAUGUUUCUUUUCUUUCUCUCUCUCUCUCUCUCUCUUUACCCUGUCGGUCUAUCGAUGAUUUUCUCUCCGAUUUUGGUUGCUAUUACACGUUGCUUUUCUUCCGAAAAACCAUGAAAGCGUAGAUGCACACAAAAACAAGUGAAAACGACCCGUAAACAAUACAUAAGAGAAUUUAUGGUUUUAUGUGGUGCGCAAGCAAGAGCAGAGAGCAUUUCAGGGGUCUACGGAGAUGUGAUGCGUGUAAAGAUACUGUACAACAAGAAGGACAACGCACUCAUUCAGUACUCGGAGCCGCAGCAGGCACAGCUCGGUUCGUGUUACAGACAGGGCAACACGUUAAAACAAUUCGCUUACAGCUCUGACCCAUCUGGACAAAGUGAAAUGGCACGAUCGCCUGAUCCGUGUGGCUCCGUCGAAGCACACAAACGUGCAGAUGCCGAAGGAAGGGCAGCCGGACGCCGGGCUCACUCGCGACUACGCCCACUCGACUCUGCAUCGCUUCAAGAAGCCGGGAUCGAAGAACUAUCUGAAUAUCUACCCGCCGUGCGCCACUCUCCAUCUCUCCAACAUUCCGACUUCUGUCAGUGAGGACAAGCUGAAGGAAAUGUUCUCCGAGGCUGGCUACGCCGUCAAGGCUUUCAAGUUCUUCCCGUAAGUGUUCUCUUAUUCGCUGUCGCUUCCUGCUCAAUCAGUAUGUUUCCAGAAAAGACCACAAGAUGGCCCUGUGUCAGCUGGAAGACAUCGAGACGGCGAUCGACGCGCUGAUCCGCAUGCACAACCACAAGCUGGCCGAGAACGCGCAUCUGAGGGUGUCGUUCUCAAAAUCCGGCAUCUAG